GCAGUGCUCAGCUCUGUCGAUCUGCCUCACACCAUGAAGACACUACACGUCGUAGCGCUGCUGUGUUCAGCUGCGCUGCUUUGUGACACUGCCCCAACUGCCCUAUUGCCGGUAACGUGCAGCGAGGAUGGUAUGGCAGCGGCUGCACAUUUUGCAAUGCACCGUAUCAAUGAGAACCAUCACCAUGGCUACAAGUUCAGACUUGGUGAGAUCAAGGGAAACAAAAUAGACAAGGUUGAUGAUGGCUGUAAUAUUGAGCUAGAGUUGGACCUGAAUGAGACAAAGUGUGCCACCGUCAACCCCAAACACUUUGAAGACUGUGAGACUCGGUCAGAGUCUUCGCGGGCAGUGGUGGCCAACUGCACCAUUAUGAUGAGUGUCAAUGCUACCGGAACAGCCGUUAACAAAUAUAAAUGUGACACAAGACAAGAAAAAACUAACCAGGAAAUGGUGAGGGACUGCCCUGACUGUCCAAUCCUGAUCUCACUUCGAGAUCCUCAAGGUCUCACCUCCAUUAGAGAAGCUGUGGCAUCAUUCAACAAGAACACCAGCAAUGAGCACUUGUAUAUACUGCAUGAAGUGGGCCGCAUCAGCUCUUCGUACAUGUUUAUGGCAGGGAUGGGCUACUUUGCUGAGUUUCUCGUUGUGGAGACUGGCUGCCCUCGAGAAAGCAGAAUCGCAAUUCGGGCUUGCAGACCACUCUGUGCUGACAAAGCUCGCUUUGCUUUCUGCAGGUCGUCUUAUACAAGUAAUAACGGACUUUCUUCUGUUGACUGUGAAUUUUAUCCCCCAGUGGACACUGCUCCUGAGAAACCUGAUGAUAUCCUAAUGUGUAGACGCAGUUUUGGUUUAGGCCCUCCUAAUCCUGGGCUCACUGUAGAAGCCACACCAUCUACUGAUGGAGGACCUCCACAUAAAGAUCGUGGACCUCCACAUAAAGGUCAUGGACCUCCACAUAAAGGUCAUGGACCUCCACAUAAAGGUCAUGGACCGCCCCCUGGUCUAGCACCUCCUGCCCCUCCUAUCGGUGCUGAUCGCAGUCCUCAUGGCCCACCUGGACACAGGGAAGGUGCGCACCCCUUUCUUACCCUCCAUCCCUGUCAUAGUAUCAUGGCCUCAAGUGACACAGCCAUCCACCCCAUUUGCCCCUUUCCUUUCCAUGGAGGACCAGGACAAAGACCAAGCGAGUCAUAAGAUUCCCGUUUGCCACUGUUGAGAAGAUUUUCUCUGACAUUCUACUGCAUGUAAGAGCGACUUAAAAGCAGACAACACAUUACAGAAGAUGCACAAUAAAGUGUCAAGGUGUCAA